AUAAGAACUAACGACUCUUAGUAUGCAUGUAGUUUGUUGCUGGCAGCGAGAAUGGAGAUAUUGUUAGUUCUAACUAUCCAGCUGAUUAUACUUAUUUCCAUCGUUUCAAAAUAUGGUAGCGACGCAAAUAUCUACCAAAUGCCACUUCCUGAACGUUUGGUGUCCUGUUUAAAGAAUCGAACCUAUGGUGUCAGUCCGACAGAAUAUCCAGGUGAAGAUGUAACUACAUUUUGCGUUCAGGAGCAUCUAUGGGUUGAUUCAAAGAAAAUAUUCCCGUAUGAAGUUACAGAGGACACAUCACGUUGGGUUUUAAGAUUGUUUGACAAAGGUCGUAAGGAGAAAGAAAACAUUUUGAGGGAAAGAAAGGAAUAUAGAAUGUUAACAAAAAAAGAACGGGACGAUUAUCAUAGGGCUGUACAAUUAUUAAAACAAGACAAGAGUGUAUUGCCCAAUAAAUACGAUGCUAUAGCAAAUUUUCAUCGUGGAGACUCUAUCAGAAGUGCACAUUUUGGUCCAGCAUUCCCCGGAUGGCAUAGAAUUUUUUGUUUGAUAUUUGAGGAAGCGUUGAGAGAAAUCAUUCCUUCUGUUACCCUUCCGUAUUGGGAUUGUACUUUAGACAGUGAAAUGGAAAACCCCGAGGAUUCUAUCAUAUUUUCAAAACUAUUUAUCGGAAAUCCCGAUGGCUUAGUGACCGAUGGACCAUACGCAAACUGGCAUCACGAGGAAGGAGGUCCUCUAACUCGCAAUGUUGGAGCAGUUGGUCGACCAAUGAAUAAAACAGACUUGGAAAAUGUAUUGUCUAGAAAAUAUCAACAUGAAAUUCUAGAUCCUACCGCCAAGGAACUAAAAUAUAACUUUGAAAGAAAUCAUGGAAAAAGUCAUGCCUUCGUUGGUGGUAACAUGGCGCGUUUGAGAUCUGCUGCUGAAGACCCUAUAUUUUUCAGUUACCAUGCAUUUAUUGACUGCAUAUGGGAAAAAUUUCGCAUGCAACAAAUGAUAAAUGGUAUUGACCCUUCAAAGGACUACCCAAACACAAAUGACCCGUUACAUCAUCCUUACAGGCUAAUGGACGGAUUUAUACAUAAGAAUUAUACAAACAUAGAUGGUUAUAGUCAUCACUUUACUCGGGAUAUCUAUACUUGUCAGGAAUUUCCGACAUGUAGCCCAGAUUAUCCAGACUGCGGAUCAUUUUGGUUAUACUGUGACCAGACAAAAUGGGUAUGCGUCUCAAAGAGCUACAAAGAACAUCUCAACCAUUUUGCUUCUACCCCUGUAGUUCUUAAUACAGUUCAAAACAGAUUUGAGAUAAACGGGAAGGCCGACAUGGACGCUUGGGUAUAUCUAACUGUUAAAGUAUAUGUAACGCGACCACCAACAGUUAACUUCAAAUCAUAUGCGAUACAUGAUGGCAAAGCAUCAAGCAGUGAUGUUUUCUCUACAUCACAUUACAAAAUAAUGAGCGAGAAAAUACAUCCAGGUAAUCCAAAAUCUUAUUCAAGACGUAGUUCUAAUGGCUCUGGGAUGGAAAAGAUAUUCAUUCAAACAGAUGGCUUGAACUACGACGGAACGUCACUAGAAUACGCCAUAAUAGACGAAAGAUUUGCUAUGGCAGAGGCAAUAACAUAUGUUCCAGUGAAAAAACCCAGCUUAGGCGUAACAAAAGUUCUUCUGACAGCAUUUGAUUCCGGUGGAAGAUUGUGCAGACCGUUCUGUAAGUCUUCCGAUACAAAUGAGUUCGAACCAUGCUCGGGUGCUAUUGCCAUUGAUUCAACAAGUCCUCUGAUGUAUGGGAAAACAUAUGCUAAUAACAUCCUAAGUCGAUAUGAAUUUAAACAGGAUUUCCCAUACUCUCACGAUCGAGGUAUAUUUAUUAUAUACUUUUGCGACUUUCAAGAAGUUUGGCCAUGGGACAUUGCUUUGAACAAAGGAAGCUGCUAAAAUAAAAUAAAUGUGAGAUGUA